AUGUCAACAACACAGGAUCUUGAACAGACAACAACCCUCCGCCUAGCCUCAGGCAACGGCCCCAUCACCCGCUCCAUCCUCCCCCAUCCCUCGCGGGACGCACUCCCCUGCGAACUCCCCAUCAUCUCCCUCGCCCCCCUCUUCUCCUCCUCCCUGGCCGAUCGUCUCGAACUUGCGCAGCAGAUCCGUCAAGCCGCCACGACCAACGGUUUCUUCUACAUCACCUCCCACGGGAUCCCUCCCUUUGUGACUCAAGAAGCAGAGGAAGCAGCCUUCAAAUUCUUCCGCUCUCCGACAGAAGAGAAGGAAAAGGCCAGUAUGCACAAAAGUCUGUACAAAUACGGCUGGAAACCUCCUCGCACGCAGCGCUUGAACCCGUUUGAGAGCGUCGAUCAUCGCGAGUCUUUCUCGUGGAGGUAUGAUCCCCGCUAUGACCCCAGCGUGGAUGAUGUGACCAAAAUUCCGGAGGAGGUGAGGGUGAUGAUCAAGCAUGAUCCGGACGACUACCCAUGGAGUGCCGUCUCUCCUGACUUCAAGGGCGCAAUAAUCCGGUAUUUCCAGGCUGUCUUGGCGCUAGGUCGGGUUCUGUUGAGAGCCUUUGCGCUGAGUUUGGGGUUGGAAGAAACGGCGUUUGAUGAGAAGAGUCGAUGGCCUGAUUUAGGCAUGGCUGUCAACUAUUAUCCACCGCUAUCGAUGGAGGAGAAAGAACAGGAGAAGGGAGAGGAGACCAAGGUGUCGAUUGGGUCGCAUACCGACUUCCAGCUGUUCACAAUCCUGGGGCAGGACCAGGUGGGCGGGCUGCAGGUUCUGUCGCGAUCAGGGCAGUGGUUGAAUGCGAAGCCAAUCCCGGGGACGUUUGUGGUCAACUUUGGGGAUUACAUGCAGCGCAUUACAAACGAUAAGUACGUGAGUACUGUGCAUCGGGUGCAGAACUACUCUGGGAAAGAGAGGUUGAGCAUGGCCUUCUUCUUUGGCUUCAACCUGAACGAGACGUGUGAAGUGUUGGACAGCUGUGUCGAGGAGGGCGAGGAGCCAAAAUAUGAGGCGAUUAGCUGUUGGGAGUGGACGCAGAGGAGGGUCAAGAUGAUGCAUGAUGUCAAGGGGAAUGGGAGUUACUAA